CAGCAAAUCCAACAAAAGAAAGCCCUUUCUCAUCUCAAGAUCGACUCUCUCGCUCUACCAAAAUUAGAGAGAGAGUCAAAUCUCUUACUCUCGACUGAGUACCGAUUGCAGUACGCGAAACUCCAUAUUCGAUCGAAAUGAAGGAUGAUGAUUCUCUUCCAACAACAGUUUCUGCGACGAAUGUGAAGAAGGAAAACUCAGAUUCGAGUGUAUUAGGUAAAGGACGGUACAAGUUCUGGGCCUUAGCUGCAAUUUUGCUACUCGCGUUUUGGUCAAUGUUCACCGGGACUGUAACCCUACGUUGGUCCGCCGGGAAUCUUAAUCGUCUAUCAGACGACAUAGACAUCCAAAUCCACGACGAUCUUGACGUUCUCGAAAUGGAGGAGAGGGAGAAGGUGGUGAAGCAUAUGUGGGAUGUGUAUACGAACAGUCGACGGAUCAGAUUACCGAGUUUCUGGCAAGAGGCUUUUGAGGCGGCUUAUGAGGAGUUGAGCAGUGAUGUCCCCGAGGUUAGAGAAGCCGCAAUCACUGAGAUCGCCAAGAUGUCUGUGCGUUCCAUUGGUCUCGAUCCCCCUCCUGUCCAAUCAACGAGUGCACGAGAAGUAAGCAAGAGCCUGAAGCAAGCAGGCAAGGGUGGAGGGGUAGUGAGCUCUACACGGAGUCAUCGAUAGUGAGAAGAAUGCUCGGGAUCAGCGGCAAAAUCACCAAUUAUUCUAUCUUUGCAGUACUCAUUGGCUAUCUGAAAUUUGUGAGAGGUAGUGAUGGGUGAAACCACACUUAGUUAUCCAUGUUUUUUACAACAGGAACAAAUUGUGUAUUUAGUUAGGUUCUCAUUCUUCCAAAAAUUUUGCUGUCUAUGAAUGGGUAAACUGGAAAACAAAUUUCUGAGCAGAUUGAUUUUUGAAUGAUAAUUUCUUGUCAGAUCCCUGUUA